ACAAGGUAACUACCAAAACAAAAUCCAUUAAAUCCCCGCUUAAUCCACUCCAAAUAAAGCAAUUUAGAUUGAAAUUUAAACUAAAACUCAAACUAUUUAAUCUCCCUUUUUCCCUUUUCUCCACCAAAAAUUCAAUCAUAUCUUAGAAAAUUCCGCCCAAAAGAGAGAGAAAAAAACCCAGUUCAUAGAUCCAGAAAUGGGUGCAGAAACUCCCACAAACAGGGGAGCCGACGCCGGCCGGGGCGGCGGAUUGCUCCAAUUUGCGCUGCACGUGUUAAAAGGCCGGUGGUUCACUGUCUUCGCCACAUUUCUGAUCAUGGCCGGCGCCGGCGCCACUUAUCUCUUCGGCGUCUACUCGAAACAGAUCAAAUCCACGCUCGGAUACGACCAGACGACACUAAAUCUGAUGGGUUUUUUCAAGGAUCUCGGAGCCAAUGUCGGUGUACUCUCCGGCUUAGUGGCGGAGGUGACACCGACAUGGUUCGUCCUCCUCCUCGGCUCCGUCUUGAACUUCACCGGCUACUUCAUGAUCUGGCUCGCCGUUACUGGCCGGAUCGCAAAACCCAAAGUCUGGCAAAUGUGUCUUUACAUCUGCGUUGGCGCAAAUUCUCAAAACUUCGCCAAUACCGGCGCGUUGGUCACUUGCAUCCAGAAUUUCCCCGAGAGCCGUGGCGCUAUGAUGGGCCUUUUAAAGGGCUUCACAGGGCUGAGCGGCGCUAUUCUUACACAGAUUUAUUUAGCCGUUUACGGCGAGGACGCCACUGCGUUGAUCCUUCUAAUUGCGUGGCUUCCGGCGGCUCUCUCCGUCGUGUUCAUUUUCAAUAUCCGAAAGCUCAAGGCGGAGAGACGGCCAAACGAGACAAGGGUUUUUUACCAUUUCCUUUAUGUCUCAAUUGGGUUGGCGAUUUUCAUUAUGCUUAUGAAUAUUAUUCAGAAGGAAGUGGAAUUCAAUCAUACGGCUUAUGCGUUAAGCGCCACCGUAAUUUGUGCUCUGCUUUUCCUUCCUCUGUUCAUCGUGAUUAGAGAAGAGCUUCAGAUUUGGAAUUCUAAGAUCAACCCACCAAUUCCAAUCGAAAACCCAACAGAACCCAAAAUUUCCACAGAUGAAUCAAAGGAAAUCAAGAACAAUCCAGACCCAAAACCAUACCCACCGCCGCCGUCCUGUUUCUCCAGCAUCUGCGACAAACCAGCAAGAGGCGACGACUACACAAUCCUCCAAGCCCUUCUCAGCAUCGACAUGAUGGUGCUUUUCAUCGCAACAUUCUGCGGCCUCGGCACAAGCUUAACCGCCGUCGACAAUUUGGGGCAGAUCGGAGAAUCCCUCGGCUACCCAUUAAAAACAGUAAAAUCCUUCGUUUCAUUAGUAAGCAUAUGGAAUUACUUCGGAAGAGUAUUCUCCGGCUUCGUCUCCGAAACCCUUCUCGCAAAAUUCAAAUUCCCAAGACCUUUAAUGAUGACAUUGGUUCUUCUUCUAUCUUGCAUCGGCCAACUCCUAAUCGCCUUCCCAAUUCCCGGCUCCGUCUACAUUGCAUCGGUCAUCAUCGGAUUCUCCUUCGGCGCGCAGCUUCCGUUACUUUUCGCCAUAAUUUCCGAGCUCUUCGGCCUUAAAUAUUUCUCCACUCUGUUCAAUUGCGGCCAAAUCGCAAGCCCGUUGGGGUCGUACAUUCUGAACGUGAAGGUCGCCGGAAUGAUGUACGAUGCGGAGGCGUUGAAGCAGCUGAAGGAGAUGGGGAUAGACAGGGCGGCGGUGAAGGAAUUGACCUGCAUUGGAAAGCGGUGUUACAGGAAAUCGUUUACGUUAAUGGCGAUUGUGACGUUUGUUGGGGCUCUGGUUUCGCUGGUUUUGGUGAUGAGGACGAGGGAGUUUUACAGAGGAGACAUUUACAAGAGGUUCAGAGAGGAAGUGAAGGAGGAGACAAGUCGGGGAGAGGCUGCCGCUGUGGAAUCCAAGUGAGAUUCUUCUAAAUGGGCUUUUAUUCCGAUGGGCCGGCCCAACAGUUAGAACUGAGAAUCCGUCCUUUUAUUUUUUUUUAAUAUAAAAAGAUUUUUAAGUAUGCUUUGGUGUAGUUUUAAGUAUUUUUUGUUGUAGUUUAUUGUAAGAGUAUUUUCAAUAUAAAACUAAA